AUGGACCAGAACCCACUAGCCGACCGUGAGAAGGCACUGGAGAACCAGUACAUCAGGGACAAGGAGAAGCAGAUGGCCAAGUCGAAAGCCACCCAACAACAACCACAACAACAGGCCAAGAGCGGAAGCGGAGACCAGUCCCAAGGCCAGCAGCAGCCGCCGGCCCAGGGGAAGCAAUAG